AUGUUGCAAUCAGAUUCUGAAAAUUAUAUCCAAGAAAACGACUUUGUAAGAUCUAACCUUAAAUGUUACAUCUCCUCCCUGCACCCAGUGCGUGUCAAUGGGUUUGUUUGCAAGAACCCGAUGGAAGUUAACGCAGUCGACUUCUUCAAGGCAGCCAACCUCGACAAGCCUAGGGUGACCAACAAGGUUGGAUCCAACGUCACUUUGAUCAACGUCAUGCAGAUUGCUGGACUCAACACCCUCGGCAUCUCAAUUGCGCGCAUCGACUAUGCUCCCUUGGGUCAGAACCCACCACAUACGCACCCUCGCGCCACUGAGAUCCUCACGGUGCUCGAGGGGACACUAUAUGUUGGCUUUGUCACAUCCAACCAGCCCGCCCCCAACAGAAACAAGUUCCUUUCCAAGAUGCUCAACAAAGGUGAUGUGUUUGUCUUCCCCGUGGGGCUCAUCCACUUCCAAUUCAACCCCAACCCCCACCAGCCCGCUAUUGCAAUUGCCGCGCUCAGCAGCCAGAACCCAGGGGCUAUCACAAUUGCCAAUGCAGUGUUUGGGUCGGACCCACCAAUAUCAUAUGAUAUUCUUGCCAAGGCAUUUGAGGUGGAAAAGAAUACAAUAGACUAUCUCCAGGCUCAAUUUUGGGAGAACAACCACAACUAA